AUCGAGGCUUACCGAGGGUGAAAAUGGUGGACCACCGCAACUUACGCCACCCCAACAACUUUCCACUUCUAGACAGUCUUCACCAUCAAGGCAGGUUCCGGCUGGUCAUCCUUAUCGAGACGAUGAUAACAGAUCGAAUGAAAGUCUAAGUCAUGUUCAAAAAGAUGGAUGGGUAUUUAGACCACCCGAAAAUGGUCAUGUUAUAACUAAAGGUGAAAUGGUUAGCAGAAUUGUGCAAUAUUAUGAAGUAAGCUGUCAAAAGAUUUAUCUUUGA